UGUCGUCGUACUUCGAAGUGGCGGUGGCAUGGACAAAGGGAGUCCAGAGUACAAGGACGCUGUUCGCGAGUAUGCUCGAACGCUGGGGCUCGACCCAGACAAGGAGCCGCAGUACCUGUGGAUAGUUGAGGAAGCGUUGACGGCGCCAGUGCCAGAAGACUGGGAACAAGGCGAGUCGGACGAUGGCACGAUCUACUACUUCAACGUCAACACCGAAGAAAGUGUGUGGGAGCAUCCGAUGGACAAACACUACAGCGCCAUGAUCAACACCAAGCGUGCUGAGGACAAAGCCGCCGCUGCGUCGAAAAAUUCCACAGCUGCGACAUUCAACAGCGCCCCCAAGAGCACACCUGUCAAGUCUGCCGUCGUUGAGGAGUUCGACAUGGAGGACCUCGACGAGCCAAAACCGUUCAAGGCGUCAAUCAAGGCUUCUACCACAACUGUCACGAAACCAGUGGGGUUUGGAAAAGAUUCACAGUCGUGGCUUCUCGACGACGACGACGACGACUUGGAUGUGCCAAGCCUGUCCAAGGCGACGACCGUUCUACCCAAACCCAGCGUGGUAAAUUCGAUCAAGAAGACAUGUGACGCUACCAAGGCAGGUGCGUCGGUGGUGAUGGUGUCCAAGCCCUCACCAACGUCGACCAUCACCCCGGUCCCCGCUACCCCCCCGUUUCAACCACGCCCAUCGCUCUCUGUCACGACCGCAGGAUCGUCGUCUUCGACGUCGGCCACCUCUCAGAAUUCUGGGCAAGGGGACAAGAUCGAAAAAUUAGAAAAACAAGUCGAUGCGUUGACUGGUGAAGUGCUCCAGCUGAAAAAGGAGCGCGAAGCCGCGGAGAAGGCCGAGCGAGUGGCGAAAGCGGCCUUAAACAAGGAAAUUGACACGUUGCAGCGAGGCAAGGAACAGGCCGAGGUGGAAGCGAAGGAGUCCAACUAUUUACGCAUGAAAGUGAUUGAAUUAAAAGCCAAAGUGGCCGCGUUGGAAGCUAAGAGCAAACAUGGUGAUGGAGAACCGACGAAAGCUGCGUCGUCGGCGGUGACGGCUGAAUUGACUGCCAAGACGCAAGAAUUGGGAGUGAAGUGCAUUGAAUUCGACGCCACGUGCAAGGAAUUAGCCGCAAAAGAGCACGAAAUGACCCAACUCCAGGCAAAACUUGGUCACUUGCAAGCCGACCACGAGCGAGUUAUGGCCAAGAAGGAUCACGAGUGGGCCUUGAAAGUCAAGGAACACUCCAUCGAGGUGGAAGAUCUGAAAGAGCAACUACUGAUGCGCCAAGCCACGAACAUCACGCUACAGCACUCAACAGGCGAGUUAGAUCGGCUCAAGAAGAAAUGUACCGAUCAAGAAGAGGAGAUGCGCGUGGUGCACGCAAAUCUGCAGGCCCAAACCGCGACAAUUGCAGAUUUGAGAGCGUCAUUGGAGGCCAAAGACAAGGUCAUGACGAUGCAAAUGGACUCGGAAGUGAAGAAACGAAUUGCCCUUGACGCAGACUUGCGACUCGCGCGCGACCAAGUGAGCGAUCUCGAACGACGACACGACGAAAACGAAAGAACGACCUUGCAUCUCACGCGAGAAAACCACGAUCUCGAAUUGAGAUUGCAGCGAGUGGGGGACGAACUGCAGCGGACAAAGGGCCUUCUAGAUGAUGCGGGGACCCGGGCUAAGGCCAUGGAAGACAGUGAGCGCAAAGCCGCCGAGGAAAAACGAUUGGCGGAGCGGGAAUUGAAGUCGACUCAAGACAGCCUGCAAAGUGCCCUUCAGGACCUCGACGAUGCACAAAAUAUGGUCAAGCGUCAACAGGAACAACAUGUCCACGCCCAAUCCAAGAUGCAACUUGACAUGGAAGAGUUACGACGGGACAAGGAGCGAGGCAGCGUCCAAACGAUCGAAGUGCAGGCGCUUAAAAAGGAGAUCGAGAGCUUAAACAUCGACAUAGCUCGAUUGCGAGAUGUCAAGGCGACGGUGGACUUUGACAUGCGCAACCUCAAGCAAGCCAUGUCGCUCGAGUCGUCGCAGUUGAUGCAAUGCAAAGCUCAACUCGAGGAAUUCGUACGAAAGGACUUUAUGGAAAAGCAACGGUUUGACCUCCUGAGCAACGAAAAAGGUGCCGUGGAAAAGAAAGUGAUGGCGUUGGAAGCCCAGCUGCAAACGAUGCGCUCCGAGCAUCGAACCGAGACGGACAAGUACUUGUAUCGAAUGCGGGAACUCGAGAGUUUGAAUGCCCGCUAUGAAUACGACAUGUCUCGCGCCGAAGAGAAGUUUGUCACGGCUGAAAAGUGGCGGCUUAAGGAGAUGGGGCGCGUGGAACAGCGGGACGCAGAUAUUCUCGACUUGUACGAAAAGUGCAAACUGAAGUGGGAUGUACAUAUACAUGCAAUAUGAUGUCGUGUAGAAAGGAAGAGGUGGGGCGACUCAAGGCGAGAAACAUCGACGGCGAGAAUCACCACAUUAUCAACGAACUCCGCACCACGUCCAAAGUGCUGGAAUCCCAAGUUAAGGAGCUCAAGCUUCAGUUGCACGACGAAGAGACGGCCAAAAGACAGUUGGAGAAGCACUGGACCAUGGAAAUGGAGCAAGUUAAGGCGCAACUGGCCGGGCAGAUCCCACAACUUGCCGCCGCUGCCACGCAACGGUAUCAAUCCUCAGUGUCAAGUAAACUCUUUAAUGUGGGGGUAUAUUGUUGACGUAGGGCUAGUGACGAAUGGAAACGACGAUGCGACGAUAUGGUGGGCAAACUCAAAACCGAGUACGAAGACGCAUGGGUGCUGGAAAAGCAAAAGUCUGGCCAACGGGAAGCUGCGUGGUACGACGACAAGCGCGAACUGGAGCGACAGAUCAAGACCAACUCGUCCGAGAAGGACUUUCUCAACAAGGAGAUCUCUCGACUUGAAGACAACAACAAACAUUUGAUGGAGCAACUGCACACGAUUCGCGUGUAUUUGACGCAGCGACCCGUGCAUUCGGCAGGCGCCAUGUAUAGCCACGUGCCGCCGUCUGCGAAUCCCGAAGUCGUGGGGUCGCAGCACCUUCAAAACCAACUUGGCAUUUUGCACGCCCAAUUUCAGCAGCUGUUUGACCACACAACGGCAGCUGCAGUUCCACCAAGACAAUCGCGGCGUCCAUAUGAACGAGAGGAUCAACCAGAGGCCAAGGCAGCAGCCCCGUACUCGUCCCACAAUGCCCAGCAGUUGCUCGACGAGAAGCAGCAACUCGUCCGGGCGAUGGAGGAGUUGGGGAGUGGCAACCCCUCGGACUGGUUGCCCGUGGUCGACACCACCGCAGACGGCAAUAGCACAUGGUAUCGGAAAGGAUACUGGAGGUCGAAAUACAGUUAGAAGUCGGUCAAUUUCCCACGAAAACCACCAAACAUUCGAGGGCGUUCUGAUGAAUCUUUCAUUGCCUGCAAAGCUACAUCGAAGCAGUAAUGCUGGACUUUUCUGCAGCGUGGUCGCGCACAAAAGUGCUGGAGGGGGCGCCCCACCACGCCCUCGGAAUUCAAGUGAUAUACUACACUGUAACGUUAAUGAAUGGAGAACGUAGUAACGUUACAUGAGCA